AUGGCCGACAAUACAAUGAACCGUGAACAAGAAUGCCGUACCGAACUAUCGUGGGGCGGCGGUGGCGGAAGUGGGGUGGAGAGGGCUAUAUGUGGUGGGAUGGAAGAGCGGGGAGCAGGACGCGCGAAACGGUCCGGCGCAACGUUCCGCAACGACGGCGCAACGUUCGAAAAUAAUGAAAAUCGAUACGGCGUCACCGACGAAAAGUAA